AGCUGUCGAUGGUGUAACAGACGGCUGAGAAGGGACUGUAAGCAGAAGAAGACGAAACCAAAACACGACAGCCUGCCCAUACGGCAGUAAGAGGUCUUUCUUCGAAAUUGCUGCUGCUAAAUCUCUUUAAGACUUAAAUGGCAGAUUUGUAUGUAAAAUACGGUGUUUGGCACACCCAGAUUGCGCAACGUUCUCGCUUGAUCAGAUUUCUAAUUAAGGAGCUGGGUUAUUCAGAGAAGUUAUUGUGAAAGAAAUAUGCCAAAUAAGGACUUAUAAAUGAACUUUAGUCACUGAUUUGAACACCGACAAAGUCUUAACGCUGAAAAAAAAGUGGAAAACCAGAGAGAAAACUUGGAUUUAAAAGAUAUUUUUAGCAGAAACGAAGUUACUUUCAAGAUGAGUGGUGAAAUUACAGAAAAGAUUACUUAUGUCGACGCACAAAGGAUGCUGGCUAAUGAAGAAGCUGAUCCCACCAGUGGGGUCUGCAAGGAAAUACAGGUGACUUUGGUGACUUCAAGGAUUUUAGCAGAGAACUAUGAAUAUUCAAAGAAUAUUUCUGAAUUUCCGUACGCGAGGCAAAGGGGAGAGAGGCGCUCAUUGAACGCCGACGAAGAAGGAGUAACGACUGGUCGAAACAAGGAACAAAGUGGCAUUUUACAUAAUCUGAAUCAACGGAGAAACAGGUUUUGCUUGACUGACGUGAGAGAGUCGAAUCUUCUUCGACGCAGACGAGAAAAACGCAGUUUGAAUGAAUCUAAAACUGAGAAAGGUGGCCCUGUGGAGAUAAAUUUGUCAGAGGUUGUCAGUUUUCGAGAUCAAGCGAUAAUCAGCGCUCCGCAGAUAACACUUCCACAUGAUGAAUUUGAUGAUGUUCUCUCUCCAGGACCAUCACCACGUGAUCAGUCAAAUAUGGUUUCCAGUUUUGAAAAGAAAUUUAGUGGCCGCGCUACACGUGAUCGGGAUGAGAUCGGUUCCAGUUUCCUCUCCUUAAAGCUACCAUCAAGUGACGAGUCUGAAGUGGGUUCCAGUUCCCCGGAGAACGUCCUUGGUCAUUCGCCUCAGAUAUCGCCAUGUCUUCGCAUUGAAAUGGUAACCAAUCUUAAUCACACUGAACUUACGCGUGAUGUUUUUUGA